CAUGUUCAGCUGUGGUGUGUCCACUGCGAAUGGUGCGGUACCUCCGAGAACGUGCUGCUCGGAGUGAGGGGUACUAUAAGAUCCUUUUGCGCUGCGAUCUGACUGCUCUCCACUUGACUCGACACACAACCACAGACUGCAGAUCAGCAUAUCACCAUCACUGACUCGCUAUCCGAUCAACACAACGACUAUCACAACUAUGUCAGGACCCUACGAUUACAACAACCAGGGCUACGGCGCCCCGCCAGCCCCUCAGUACGGCGGAGGUCAGCAGCAAGGCUACAACCAAUACCCUCAGCAAAAUCAGCAAUACUCUCAACAAGGCUACUCAGGAUACCCGCCACAACAGGGCUACGAUCAAAGCGGCUACAACAACCAAGGCGGCUACGGUUCAGCACCAUACGGCCAACAACAAGGCUACGGCGCACCACCAGCGCCGCAAUACGGCUCUGGAGGCUACGAUCAGAACCAAUCCACAUACGGUGGCCCACCAAACGCCGGAGGCUUCAACCACGGUCAAGCCAACCCACAAUACGGCCAAGAUUACUCGAGCCAACAGCAACAAUACUUCUCGCAACAUCCUCCCACUACCAACGAUCCUUCAAACCCAUACGGCUACACACAAGACCCACGCGAUCCCAACAACCCGCAAGAGGGUGAACGAGGCUUCAUGGGCGCCAUGGCUGGUGGUAUCGGCGGUGGACUAUUAGGCCACAAGGCCGGACAUGGUGUCAUCGGUGCUCUUGCCGGCGCGUUCCUGGGUUCCAAGGGUCAAGAUUACCUGAAGAAGAACAAGCACUCGUCUCAUGGCAGCCAUGGAGGUAGCCACUCCGGCAAGUGGUAAAUGCAUCGCUUGUGCUCACGCUUCAAGAUGAGGCGAGCAUAAGAGUGCGGCGAUUGCAGAGUGUUUACGAUUAUGAAGAAUGAUAAACGACCAUAGUUUGGUCUGGUUUCGUUUCGAAGCAUGGUUCUGCAGCAAGGGCGGUCAUUUGGAAUUCUGUUUUCUACCUUUGUGCAUGGGUGGUGGCGAGAGCUGCGGACUGCAGCGGAAAGAUAGAGAUGGUCCGAUUGACAUGCAUUGGCGUUACUGGGGCAAAGAACGAUUGCCGACAUGCGAGCUUCUCAGAUGGUUAUGGUUAGCGGUAUGGACAUGAACAUAGCAUGCAUUAUUAUUCAUCAGCUUUUCAAAUCAAGUUUCUUCAACUCUUCAAUCACAGAAUUUCUU